AUGAAGUUGCCGACCUCGUCCGUAGACAACUUCGAGCAAUUGAGCAAUGCCUUCUUGCGCCAUUUCAUAGGGAGGCAACGUCCAAAGAGGCCGGCAAACUAUUUACUCACCAUUAGACAGGGAGAGAAGGAAACUCUGAGGUCGUAUGUCAAACGCUUCACUCGAGAGACUCUAGAGGUGGAUGAAGCCAAUGACAAGGUGCAGCUGACGAUCUUUAAAGCGGGACUGAGGUCCAGAGAUCUUGUGGCUUCCCUCGCGAAGAAUCCACCAAAGAUGAUGGCAGAAAUGCUCCUGAAAGCACAAAAGUACAUGAAUGCUAAAGAUGCUUUAGUGGCCAUAAAGGAUGCAGAGAAGUCAGGAGACAAGGCAAAGAAAGAAGACGACCGUAGGGGGCAAAAGAGAGAGCGAUCGGAUCGUCGGAACAAUGAUGGGAAUAGAAGGAAAGAUGAUAAAAGUCCUCGGACGGACGAGCAUUAUCUCAAAUGGCCUAGACCAUUGCAUUCAUCCCCUAAUGUCCAUGACAAGAACAAGUACUGCCGGUUCCACAAAGAUCACGGCCACAACACGGAAGAUUAUAGAGACCUAAAGGAGCAGAUAGAGGAGUUGAUACGGAAAGGGAAAUUACAGAAGUAUGUGAAGAAGGGAGAAUAUAGUAAAUCCAGGGAUGAUAAAAGCCAGCAUGAGUCCUUUUCUCGGGAUGACGACCGUCCAUCCCAACCUGCGCACAAGGUGAUCGGGGAGAUAAAGACGAUUACAGGAGGGCCAUUAUUAGGAGGAUCAUUUAAAUCACUCAAGAAGGCAUACCAAAGGCAGGUAAAUAGUGUCCACACCAUACCUCCGUCUAAGCAACGACGAACAUACCUGGACAUGUCCUUCAAUGAAGGAGACGCCAUGGGAGUGAAGCAGCCCCACAAUGAUCCCUUGGUCAUAAUGCUAAAUAUAGAAGGAUUCAAUACCAAGAGGAUCCUCGUCGACAAUGGCAGCUCCGCAGACAUCAUCUACCUCCCAGCCUUCCAGCAGCUAAGGCUGGAUCCAAAGAGACUACGCCCCUUUGACUCUCCACUCGUUAGCUUCAGCGGAGACAGGGUAUACCCCAAGGGCAUAAUGACAUUGACAGUGACGGUGAGGGUCUACCCGGUGCAGUUAACCCUUCAGCUAGACUUCUUAGUGGUGGACUGCCCUUCAUCCUACAAUGUCAUCAUUGGGAGGCCCACACUCAACAAGUGGAAAGCGGCCACGUCCACCUACUGUUUGAAGGUAAAAUUCCCAAUAGAUAAUGGCGUCGGUGAAGUAAAAGGAGAUCAAGUCCUGGCAAGAGAAUGCUACCAAGCCGUCCUGGCUGCGAAGGAGAACCACACGUGGAUGAUCGAAGAAAAGGAAGAAGAUAAGAUGGAGGCCCUAGAAACAGUGGAAUUGGUUGAAGGAGAAGCGCACAAGACGACAAAGAUAGGAACGACGUUAAGCCCCGAGAUGAGAACAAGACUCAUUCAAUUCCUUAAAGAAAAUCUAGAUGUCUUCGCCUGGAGUCACGAGGACAUGUCGGGCAUAGCUCCAGAAGUCAUCUAG